AUGGCUUGCUUCGCGUCCCUGGCGUUCGCGGCGUACCUCGCCAAGUGGGUCCUGAGCAAGGACGAGGGCACGGCCGACAUGCAGGAGGUGAGCGACGCCAUCCGCGAGGGCGCCGACGGUUUCUUCGCCACCCAGUACAACCUCAUCGGCAAGCUCGCGGGCGUCCUCGCGAUCGUCAUCUACCUCAUCUACAGCGCGAGGGCGCUCACCAAGGAACAGGUGGACGCCGGCAUCGGCCAACAGACCUUCGCGAUACUCACCACCUUCUCGUUCUGCACCGGCGCACUCGCGUCCGCCGCGUCCGGGUACGUCGGCAUGUGGGUCAGCGUUCGAGCCAACGUGAGAGUCGCGGGCGCCGCCAGGCGAAGCGCGAGGGAAGCGCUCGUUGUCGCGACGCGAGCGGGCGGCUUCGCCGCCAUCGUCGUCGUCGCCAUGACCGUCCUCGGCGUGUCCGUGCUGUUCACGUUCUACUCGUUCCUGUUCGGGGUGGGCCGUGCGGGCGGGACGUCGAUCAACGAGAUGCCGCUCAUGCUCGUCGGGUACGGCUUUGGAGCUUCGUUCGUCGCGCUCUUCGCGCAGCUCGGCGGGGGAAUAUACACCAAGGCGGCGGACGUGGGGGCGGAUUUGGUGGGUAAGGUGGAGGCUGGCAUUCCCGAGGACGACCCGAGGAACCCCGCGGUGGUGGCGGAUCUCGUGGGCGAUAACGUGGGAGAUUGCAGCGCGAGAGGCGCGGAUCUGUUCGAGUCAAUCGCCGCCGAGGUCAUCAGCGCGAUGAUCCUCGGCGCGACGAUGGCGAAGAAGGCUAACAUUCCCGACUCGACCGGAUUCAUCAUGUUCCCGCUGGUGGUUCACGCGCUCGACUGCCUGGUGUCCGCCGCGGGCAUCAUGUCAGUGGGCGAGAGGCCGUCUCUCAAUCCCAACGGAGGCCGGAAGGAGGACCCUUACGAGGUGCUCAAGGGCGGCUACGCCGUCGCCAUGGGCCUCUCCGUCGUCGGCUUCGGCAUCGCCACGCGCGUCAUGCUGUACGUCGACGACGCCCCGUCCGCCUGGUUCCACUUCUUCGGGUGCGGCAUGAUCGGAACCGCGUCCGCGUACGCGUUUGUGUUCAUCGCGCAAUACUACACCGACUACAAGUAUCCGCCGGUGCGGGUCAUCGCCGAGGCGUCCACCACCGGCCACGGCACCAACAUCAUCGCGGGCGUCGGCGUCGGCAUGGAGUCCACCGCCGCACCGGUGCUCUGCAUCUCCGCCGCGAUUAUCUCCGCGUACUGGUUCGGGCAGACCAGCGGCUUGACGGACAAGUCCACCGGCGAGCCCACCGGAGGUUUAUUCGGCACCGCGGUGGCGACGAUGGGAAUGCUCUCCACCGCCGCGUACGUGCUCACCAUGGACGUCUUCGGGCCCAUCGCCGACAACGCGGGCGGCAUCGUCGAGAUGUCGGACCAGCCCGAGAGCGUCCGCGAGUGCACCGACGCCCUCGACGCCGUCGGCAACACCACCAAGGCGACCACCAAGGGAUACGCCAUCGGAUCCGCCGCGCUCGCGUCUUUCCUCCUGUUCAGCGCGUACAUGGACGAGGUGGAGGCGUUCACCGGCAAGCCCUUCAAGCAGGUGGACAUCGCCGUCCCCGAGGUGUUCGUCGCCGGACUCUUGGGCAGCAUGAUCGUCUACCUCUUCACCGCCUUCGCGUGCACCGCCGUCGGACGCUCGGCGCAGGAGGUUGUCACCGAGGUUCGAAGGCAGUUCGCGGAGCGGCCGGGGAUCAUGAGCCGCGAGGAGAAGCCCGACUACGGCCGGUGCGUGUCCAUCGUCGCGCAAUCGGCGCUGAGGGAGAUGAUCAAACCCGGCGUGUUGGCCGUGGGCGGUCCCGUCGCCGUGGGUGUUGUGUUUCGUUUAAUCGGGAGAGCCACCGGUCAGGAGCUGCUCGGCGCGCGAGCCGUGGCGGGGAUGCUCAUGUUCGCCACGGUGGCGGGAAUCCUCAUGGCGCUGUUCCUGAACACCGCGGGGGGCGCGUGGGAUAACGCGAAAAAGUACGUGGAGACGGGCGCGCACGGGGGUAAGAACAGCGAGGCUCACAAGGCUGCCGUCACGGGCGACACGGUUGGCGAUCCCUUCAAGGACACCGCGGGCCCUUCCAUCCACGUCCUCAUCAAGAUGCUCGCGACCAUCACCCUGGUCAUGGCGCCGAUGUUCCUGGACUGAUGAGAUGAGGAUGCGAUAAUAAUAUGCCCAUCUAAUACGGGGCGACGCUCGCCCCAGCCGCUUUCACAGACGACCUGCUUCUCUGUUCAGAGCGUUGAGAUGUAAAAAGACAAAAAAAUUGCCAGGUGGCUGAAUG